GCUCUACGUCGAACCACCACCAAGAAUAAUGGAUGUCAUUAAUUAACGUCGACUGCGUUCUAGAUACAGAGCGGAUCCCGGCCGAUCUCGCUCUUAUAAGAUGGCCAAGUUUUCGGUAUCGAGUCAAGUGCAAGUGCAAUCAAAUUCAUGGCUCAACCAUCUCCUCCGAAUGCACUCUUCAUAUCAGAGAUCUUGCUCGCCAUCUCAUACCAACUUGAGGAUGACAAGAAAGCGCUAGCGCGUCUUGCUCGUUGCUGCCGUGCAUUUUCAGCACCUGCUCUCACCGUCCUGUGGUCUUCGGUGCAGUCCUUUUCCCCAUUCAUCCCCCUCCUGCCGCCGAGUGUGAAGUUCUUAUGGGACCACUGCCAGUUCGACGAAGUGACCCUUGACGAGUUCCCGUGCCCGCCCGAAGAAGAGUGGAGGGUGUUCGACAGUUACGCACGCAGAGUGCGCAGGUUAUAUUCUGGAUGGCAUUUUCACCAAAUAGUAGCCCGCAUACGCUCCGAAAUCACAUUAUUCCCAUUGCUACGAUCUCUGACUCUUCAACUGGUGGAGCCACUUGAUAUACAAGUCCGCCUCUUCUCGGACUCGCUGCGCUCUCUGAAGAUAUCCGGACCUGCGUAUGUACACUGCAAUGAUGACCGUGUCCAAAUGGCCAUCGCGCACGUGUCUCGCGAUGCGCCAUUGGUGGAAUAUCUUCAUGUUGAAGAUUUUACCUAUUCUGUUGCCCAAUCAUCACUGCCACCUCUCCAUUUCGCUCAUCUCCGAGCUGUCAGGAUAUCUGCAUUUUUCGACUACAGUCUCCUGCAGUCUUUUUGUCACAUCCUUUCCCAAGCGCCUGUGACACAACUCAAACUCGAACUUCCGGCUCUCCCAAAUAAGGAGUGGAGCAUCUCAUCUCCCGUCUUUCCCGCUCUGGAAUCGCUGCAAAUUUAUGGCAAUCCGCUUUCUGCCGAACAAUUCGUAUCCCAUCUUGCCAGCAAGAGUGUCCAGGAGCUUAGCAUUCACCACACAAAAGGACCCGCAAGCGCUGCGGAUUACUGCCAACUUCUUUCGUGUGUUGCGGACAAAUACAGCAAUACUCUUCAGACACUCUCGCUGACACUCAGUCAGUCACCCACCACGAACCACCUGCACGAUCUUUCCCAAGCAGUUCUUGAUGCUUUUUAUGCGCUUGCACCGAGUUUCAAACGACUAGGGACUCUCCACCUCUCGUUGCCGCACAAUCGCUACGUUCAUCUAGCGCCGGAGCUCACAUUUGAGUCUCCUACAUGGCCAUUUCUCAAACUUCUUGACUUUCAAGCGACAUAAGGGUGUUUUUACGGAAGAAACUGGUCUGAGUACUGACGGAACGCCUAC